AGAACCAUGGACUGGUUAGAAGCAGCAUUAGACGAGUACAGUCGCUCGAUUCAUCCACCGCUUGUGUUGAUACUCUGCAUUUCGGGAUCUCUUGGUCAUCUUCUUUCUAUCGCCACCCUGUCUUCGAUGAUGAAUCCAACAAAUGCAUUCCUCAUCAGUAUGUCAUGCUCACAACUCGCCUUAUGUGCCAAUUUUCUCUACUCGACGUUCUUCAAAUGGGCAUCGGACGAACUGUGCUCACCAUUUUUCUUCUCUUAUUAUAUGGCGAAGACUAUGCAUAUCUCGGUAACACUCUCAGUCCUCGUCCAUAUGGCCGGAGUUUUCCACGUUGUUGCACUUUCAAUAAUUCGAUAUUAUUCUCUGGCUAAGCUAGCAGCUGUUAAUUCUUCACAACCAUGGUUCACUUAUAAGAAAUGUCGCGUGUCUUUGACGAUAAUUUACGUAAGCGUAGCGAUCAUAUGUAUUCCUUUGCACUUCACAUCGGAAGUAGUGAUGGUGCAAGAAAACGAGGGUUGCGCAGCACGAUAUCCACAUCUCCGGAACGCAACAAGUUAUCAGCUUCAAUUUUCUUCUUUUCCUUACCUUCAUACCUUUAACUUUUGGCUUUUCAAUUUAUGCUCCAAAAUCAUACCAUCGAUUACGCUGUGCCUCAUGACAUUGCUGAUUUUGGAUCAAUUGAAACGUAUCCGCCUGUUAAGUGCACGAUUUACCAGUGUCGAAAGAGACAAACAAUAUCAAAGGACUACGAAUAUGAUUUUGAUCAUCAUGUUCAUAUUUAUCAUCGUCGAAUUUCCACAAGGUAUACUUGCGGUUCUAUCAACGGUGACGGAAUUACAGCUCUUAGUGGCAUUAGGCGACAUUACCGAGAUGAUUACCUUGCUAACAUCAUGUAUUAUAUUUGCCUUAUUCUGCUUGAUGAAUGGAGCAAUACGAUCAGCGUUAAUGGAAUCGCCAUGUCUCCGAUGGCUGGGACAUUAUACCCAAAGUACCCUUGAGAAAGGGAUUAGACGAGGAAGGGCAAGUGACAAAUUACUUGACUAUUCGCUCACCAACAAAACUACUAUUGACACUUCCAAGAAUUAUGCUGUUCUGUAAAAAAAUUAGUUGAUUUUCUAAACCUAAUAGAAAGUAUGUACGGGUCUGUUACGUUUACUUAAUUUGAUCAAUUGUCUUA